UAAUGUCAGAUUGGUACCCAAAAAUAUUAGAUGAGAUAACAUUUAAUGAGUACGCCCAUAAACGAAGCCCAUUAAAUAAGGAUGAUAAUACAAAGAUGAGUGAAAGAGAUAUGGAUUCAACUUUCUUGUUGCCACAUACACAUCUUUAUAAGCCUGACGAGAUACCGCAUGAAUUUGCAGGAUUAAGAUCUACAUAAUCGUCUGAUUUUUUAAUGUUGUCAAAAAUUCUCAUAAUAAGAAAGCACUUCUUAAAAAAAUCAAUAGAUCUGAACAUAAAAAAUAUUAAUUAAAACAUAUUGAAGAAAUCUUUCUGAUUUAUUUAACAAGGUUGAUUACCGUAUUAGACUCUUAUCGAAAAGAAUCAAGAGAUAACACUCAUGUCCAAAUAAAUACUUGUAUAUUUGAUCUGAUAUAAAGUCUUCAAACAAUUUUGAUAGGUAAGGCAAAAUGAAAAUUGCUUGCCUUUUUAAUGAGAAUUAUGUAUUUAAAUUUACUGUUACUCGUAAUAAUUUGCUGUUCAAUAGUUUCUUGUUCAAAACAUUUUUUAAAUUGGUUUAAAAGUACUUUUUGGAUAUUAUUAUUAUUAUUAUCUCUGACCGUUUCCUUGACAGCUAUAUGUUAGAGUAUACCGAAUUAUAUUAAAUUUAAUUCAAAAUUUUUUAAAAUAUCAAAACCUAUAUUCCCAAUAUUUUAAGAUAAUAUGUCGAAAAACACCGAAUCUAUAAUUUGUUUCAUAAUAUUUUCCCAUCCAUUUU